AUGGACUUUGAUAUGAGUGUUGAGAAGGAAGAAGAUGGUAUGGCUGACGACACCGAAGAUGCAAGCUUACACGGGGUAAUGAGUGAUGGCCAAGAGGAGGAAGCAAAUGCAAAAACAGAAUUUCCUAUAAAUGCAAAUGCUACAUUAAACAAGCAACAAAGAUUCUUAUCAAAUGAAGAGCGUAGGUCCGUUUGUCGUCUCUUGUUAAAUUCAGUUUAUAAUGGAAAGUUGAAGGAAGGUACAACAAAGAACAUUGCCACAUUUUACUAUGUUUCAAGAAGGGUCAUUCAACGUAUAUGGCGUCAACUUAGGGAAACCAAAGAAACAUUGCACAAGAAGACCAAAAAUUGUGGAAGGAAGAGGAUUGGAUUGGAUAUUGAAAGAAUUCGUGAGAUUCCUCUUUCAAAGCAGACUACUUUAAGGUCUCUAUCGCAUGCAUUGGAGAUUAACAAAACAUCACUCAUUAGAUUCCAUAAGAAUGGAAUUAUACGACGACAUUCAAAUGCGAUCAAGCCCUUUUUGAAAGAUGAAAACAUGAAGUCUCGCUUGCGAUUUUGCUUAUCCAAGCCCGAUAAUCAAACCAUUCCACAUAAUCCAAUGUUUAAAUCUAUGCACAACAUUGUAUUCAUUGAUGAAAAGUGGUUUUAUAUGACCAAGAACUCUAUGAAUUAUUACUUGGCUGUUGGGGAGGAAGAGCCACAUCAAACAUGUAGAAGCAAGAAUUUCAUUUGCAAGGUUAUGAUCUUAUGUGCCAUGGCUAGACCAAGAUUCAACUCUAACAGCAAUGAGACUUUUGAUGUCAAGAUUGGUAUUUUUCCAUUUGUUACAAAGGAACCGAUAAAGAGAAGAUGCAGGGACUAUGGAAACAAAACCAAUAUCUUCAAUAAAUAA